AACAGUUACCAUGUUCUAUUAAGUAUUAAAUUGUGAAAUCAAGUAACUAUUCAAUACUGUGAAUAAUAACUUAGCUGAAUCCCGAAACAGAGAUCAGUGUAGUGUCUGAUAUGGCACACUGAUACCCUAUCACACAUCAGGCAUAGAUUAUUAUUAGUCUAUUAUUAAUACAUAUACAUACAUACGAGAGAAUUCGAAGGAGAAAUUUAUUUCAGUUAAAAGAAACUAUGUUCAAGUAUACAUCUGCCUCAAUGUGUUUUACACUCAUGGAUUUUAAUCAUACCAAUUCUUGUUCAAUACAAAAUGAGACUAGUGACAAUUUUAAAGAAAGUGUGCACCGAAUUUUCGCACUUGUUAUUCAAUAUGUCCUACUUAUAUUUAUCGUAGUUGGCAAUUCUAGCGUAUUAAUAUGGACAUUGAAAAGUGCGCAUAAAUCACGAUUGAACAGAUUUUUCACCAACCUUGCAAUAGCAGAUUUAUUCGUUGGCCUGGGAAAUCUGAUACCUGAUAUUAUCUGGAAGACAACAGUUGAUUUUUAUGGACCAACAUUUGUGUGUAAAAUAACCAAGUAUUUAAUGAAUACAAGUAUUAUGAGCAGUUCAUAUGCCUUAUUAUCUUUAAGUAUCGAUCGGUGUAUUGCAAUCAAGUGGCCAUUUUCAAGAAUUUAUGACCAAGAUCUUUAUACGAUAACAUUGUGCGGUUUAGGCUGGUUAUUCGCCCUACUUUUCAACAUCCCAUCACUGAUUUUCUUUCAUAUAUCACAUUCACCUCAAUUCGGUGUACAAUGUAGCAUUUCUUGGCCACCGUUAUAUUGGAAAAUCUAUUUAGUCGUUAUGGUCGUAUUGAUUUUCUUCAUACCUGUUCUUAUAAUAAUUUUAACUCAUGCAAUUAUCAUAAGAACAAUAUGGAAAGUUAAAAGUUCUCUGCCGCGUAAUACUAUCCAUACACAAGGCGACUGUUUGAGUGAUCUUCAUAAUGAUGAACAUAAGCGUUCAAAAUUACUUCAUAGUGAUGAUGGAGCAAGCUAUUCAAGAGCAUCAGGGUCACAUACAGAAGCUAGCAAUCAUUUUUGGCAUAAAGCAGUUUCAUGCGGCACAGGCCAGAUGAAGACAAAUGGUCAAGAAUGUCUGUCGAGUAAUAUGCAUGACGAUGAAACUGCAAGUAUCCGCUGUCACCAGUCGAAACCACGUUCUAUUUCUCUAACAAAAAAUAAUAAUAAUCAUUCACUGUUUGUCCGGAAUCAACUAGAUUGUAAUAAUGUUUUUUCUCGAGCGAAAAUGAAAUCUAUUCAGCUCACUUUUCUAAUUGUUGCAGUUUUCAUUGCAUGCUGGCUACCUUACAUGGUAUGGAAUUUUGUUAUUACUCUCGGUGGUAUUCAAAGAAUGGAGCUUUCAUUGAGGUAUACGUCUGUUGUAUUCAAUGUGAGUCCUUGUCUUAUUUUGUGUUUAAUGACAGUGUAAAGUAAUCUACUUUUUGGUUUCUAUACUGAGGGAAAUUUAGGUGAUUGUACAUCUGAUUAUCUGAAGGUUACAGUUUUGGAGGGAAUUUUGUUUUUUAUUGUUUGGUGGAUUUCAUCAUGAGCUGACAUCGGUUAGAUAGCCAUUGGAAAAAAAGCUUGAAGUACCGCCAGACAGCUGUUUCCUCCGUCCUAGUCAGUGUACACCCACUUUCUCCUAGAGGUGAUAACUAGUUGUUGAUUACUGUGAUUCUGAUGAACAGUGGGGAUUUGGUAUUCAAAAAAUUUUAAAAGUCUGGCAUAGAGACAACAUACAUAUAAUAUUAUUAUUAUUCAUUUUCAGUGUCCAUGCUGGAGCAUUGAGAUUUUAAGUACAUCUUGAUUGUACCUCCUUCAUUCCCAUCAGUUUCAAAUGGCUAGAUGAAUACUUACAGGUAAAAAUUUCUUUUUCAAACACUUCCACAUCUUUGCCUCUGAAGCCGAUUUCGGGGAGAAUUACAUAUGUUUUGAUGUGUGAUAUCACUUAACUUUUCCUCACUGAUGUUUCAUCCACCGCCGAUCCCUACUGCAUACAUGCUAGGCAUUCCACUGUCUACCAGAGUUUCUUGUAGACAUGAUGGAAAAGAUUUGUAGCUCAGGUGUGUUUGUUUUCUCUGGGAUGAAUAGUUAAUUUGAGAAGCUUUCAUCACCCUACUAGGCGAUAUCUCCAGCGCAUACUUCAACUUGAAGUGAGCUUUUAGGUUUCUCCACGAGUUUAAUAAUAAUCU